GAAGCUGGAUUUGGUGCAGUGAACCAAGGCACUUCAAAGAGAGGUCUACUCCGUACCCAGAGCCUGGACUGUGGACCAUCAUCAUGAGAACUUACCGCUACUUCUUGCUGCUUUUUUGGGUUGGUCAGCCCUACCCAACAUUCUCUACUCCCUUAUCUAAGAGGACUAGUGGUUUGCCGGCCAAGGAAAGGGCCCUGGAGCCCUCUGGAAACAGCAACAAUGAGCUAAGCCGUUCGAAGAGGAGCUGGAUGUGGAACCAGUUCUUUCUCCUAGAGGAAUACACGGGAUCUGAUUAUCAGUAUGUGGGCAAGUUACAUUCAGACCAGGAUAGAGGAGAUGGAUCACUUAAAUAUAUCCUUUCAGGAGAUGGAGCAGGCGAUCUCUUCAUUAUCAACGAAAACACAGGCGACAUCCAGGCCACCAAGAGGCUGGACAGGGAGGAAAAACCUGGUUACAUCCUGCGAGCUCAAGCUGUCAACCGAAGGACAGGCAGACCCGUGGAACCCGAGUCUGAAUUCAUCAUCAAGAUCCAUGACAUCAACGACAAUGAACCCAUCUUCACCAAGGAGGUCUACACGGCCACCGUCCCCGAAAUGGCUGAUGUUGGCACCUUUGUCGUCCAAGUCACAGCGACGGACGCUGAUGAUCCAACAUACGGGAACAGUGCCAAAGUUGUCUACAGCAUCCUCCAAGGACAGCCAUAUUUCUCAGUUGAAUCAGAAACAGGUAUCAUCAAGACAGCCUUGCUCAACAUGGAUCGGGAAAACAGGGAGCAGUACCAAGUGGUGAUUCAAGCCAAGGACAUGGGCGGCCAGAUGGGGGGCUUGUCUGGGACCACCACGGUGAACAUCACACUGACUGACGUCAACGACAACCCUCCCCGGUUUCCCCAGAGUUCAUACCAGUUUAAAACCCUUGAAUCUUCUCCACCGGGGACGCCCAUUGGCAGAAUCAAAGCCAGCGAUGCUGAUGUGGGAGAGAACGCUGAAAUUGAAUACAGCAUCACAGAGGGAGAGGGGCUGGACAUGUUUGACGUCAUCACCGACCAAGACACCCAGGAAGGAAUCAUAACGGUCAAGAAGCUUUUGGAUUUUGAAAAGAAGAACGUGUACACCCUCAAAGUGGAAGCAUCCAACCCGCACGUGGAGCCCCGUUUUCUCUACCUGGGGCCAUUCAAAGAUUCAGCCACUGUUAGGAUUACGGUGGAGGAUGUGGACGAGCCCCCAGUCUUCAGCAAACUUGCUUACGUCCUACAGAUAAGAGAAGAUGCGCAGGUCAACACGACAAUAGGCUCAGUAACAGCCCAAGAUCCAGAUGCUGCCAGGAACCCAGUCAAGUACUCUGUCGAUCGUCACACAGAUAUGGACCGAAUAUUCAACAUUGAUUCUGGAAAUGGUUCCAUCUUUACAUCAAAACUCCUUGACCGAGAAACGCUGCUGUGGCACAACAUCACUGUGAUAGCAACAGAGAUCAACAACCCAAAGCAAAGCAGCCGAGUGCCUCUGUACAUUAAAGUUCUAGACGUCAAUGACAACGCUCCCGAAUUUGCUGAGUUCUAUGAAACCUUCGUCUGUGAAAAAGCAAAAGCAGAUCAGCUGAUUCAGACCCUCCGCGCCGUGGACAAGGACGACCCUUACAGUGGGCACCAGUUCUCCUUCUCUUUGGCGCCGGAAGCAGCCAGCGGCUCCAACUUCACCAUCCAAGACAACAAAGAUAACACCGCGGGAAUCCUAACGCGGAAAAAUGGCUACAACAGACAAGAGAUGAACAUCUACCUCCUGCCAGUGGUCAUUUCGGACAACGACUACCCAGUCCAAAGCAGCACUGGCACGGUGACUGUCCGGGUCUGUGCAUGUGACCCCCAUGGGAACAUGCAGUCCUGCCACGCGGAGGCCCUCAUCCACCCCACGGGGCUGAGCACUGGGGCGCUGGUUGCCAUUCUUCUCUGCAUCGUGACCCUUCUAGUGACGGUGGUGCUGUUUGUAGCUCUGCGGCGGCAGCGGAAAAAGGAGCCCUUGAUCAUUUCCAAGGAGGACAUCCGAGACAACAUCGUCAGUUACAACGACGAGGGUGGCGGGGAGGAGGACACCCAGGCCUUCGAUAUCGGCACCCUGCGGAACCCCGAAGCCAUCGAGGACAACAAACUGCGGAGGGACAUCGUGCCCGAAGCCCUCUUUCUGCCCCGACGGACUCCGGCGGCUCGCGACAACACGGACGUGCGAGACUUCAUCAACCAAAGGCUCAAGGACAACGACGCGGACCCCACGGCCCCGCCCUACGACUCGCUGGCCACCUACGCCUACGAGGGCACCGGCUCGGCGGCCGCCUCGCUCAGCUCGCUGGAGUCGCUGGCCACGGACGCCGACCAGGACUACGACUACCUAAGGGACUGGGGCCCUCGCUUCAAAAAGCUGGCCGAUCUGUACGGAGGGGCGGACAGUGACAAGGACUCCUAAGUGUUGCCUUUUGUGUUCUUUUCCCAGCCGACCCCCGG